AUGAGCAGCAGCAAAUCCCGUAACUUCCGCCGCCGUGCUGACGACGGCGACGACGAUGGAGAAGAAGACAAAUCAUCUACCAUCACCCCAAUCAACGGCACUUCUACCACCACAAGAAAACCCUCCGCCAUCAAUAAACCCAAGAAAACACCCUCACGACCCCCAACCAAAAGCCUACUUUCUUUUGCCGAUGAUGACGACUCGUCGGAAACACCAUUCUCUCGCCCUUCCACCAAAUCUUCAUCUUCGAGAUUAUCGAAAUCAACACACAAGCUUGCCUCAUCGAAAGACCGAAUUGCUCCUCACCCUUCUUCGACCUCCCUUCCUUCCAAUGUCCAGCCCCAAGCUGGCACCUACACAAAAGAAGCCCUCUUAGAGCUCCAGAAGAGCACCAAAACACUCGCUGCCUCCUCCCGCUCUGUUACUCGUGCUGAACCUGUGAUAGUCUUGAAAGGCCUUGUGAAACCUGCAGUUCCGGAUGACCCGAAUCCUAAAGGUACCGGAAAACCCUUCGAGAAUAAUGGAGUUUUGACAAUGGAGAAUGAUGAUGCUGUGGCCCGGUUUGGUUCGAUGGAGCUGGGGAUGGAUUCAAGAGAGGGUAAGGAGGAGAUUCCGGACCAGGCAAUGAUAAAGGCGAUUAGGGCGAAGAGGGAGAGGUUAAGGCAGGCCAAGGCUGCAGCUCCAGAUUUUAUAGCGCUGGACGGAGGUAGUAAUCACGGUGCUGCAGAAGGGUUGAGCGAUGAGGAGCCUGAAUUUCGGGGGAGGAUAGGGUUCUUUGGGGACAAGAUCGAUGGUGACAAAAAAGGCGUGUUUGAGGAUUUUGAGGAGAGGACCGUGCCAAAAGAUAGGGGAAUUGGAAGUGGUGACAGUGACGAGGAUGAGGAGGAUAAGAUGUGGGAGGAAGAGCAGGUGAGAAAAGGGUUAGGAAAGAGGAUAGACGAUGGCAUUGGAAGUAAAGGAGUAAGUUCCAGUGUUGGCGGCGGUAGUGUUCAUCAGAGCGUUCAGCAGCCAAGUUUGGGUUACUCGGCUACAGGGACUACUGGCGUGUAUUCUUCGGUGCAGAAUGUGGGUGUUGUUCGUAGUUAUAAUAGUAUUGGAGGAGCAGUUGGGGCAUUGUUUGGUUCAGAUGUGAUGCCGAUAGCUCAGCAGGCUGAGCUCGCUAAGAAAGCCUUGCAGGAGAAUGUGACUAGACUUAAGGAAUCUCAUGGCCGAACCAUGGCGACACUGGUGAAAACUGAUGAAAAUUUGUCUGCCUCACUUGUGAAUGUCACUACCCUGGAGAAUUCUUUUGCUGCAGCUAGUGAGAAGUUCCUCUUUAUGCAAAAGCUUCGCGACUUCAUUUCUGUUAUUUGUGACUUUUUGCAGCAUAAAGCUCCUUUCAUAGAGGAGCUUGAAGAACAAAUGCAAAAGCUUCACGAAAAACGUGCAGCAGCCAUCAUAAAAAGAAGAGAUGCUGAUAAUGGUGACGAAAUGUCAGAACUAGAACCUGCUAUAGUUGCAGCAAGGGCAGCAUUUAGUAAAGGAGGAAGCAAUGUAGCGAUAAUGUCAGCAGCCACUGCUGCUGCUCAGGCUGCAUCCGCUAAUUCGAGAGCUUUAAAAAAUUUACCCGCAGAGCUAGAUGAAUUUGGUAGAGACAUCAAUCUGCAAAAACGAAUGGAUACAAUGAGACGGGCAGAAGCUCGGCAACGUAGGAGAGCCAAAGCUGAUUCUAAAAGAAUGUUGACUAUGGACAUUGAUACCUCCUACCACCAAAUGGAAGGAGAAUCAAGCACUGAUGAAAGUGACAGUGAGAGUGCAGCAUAUGAAUCAAACCGCAGUGAGUUACUUCAGAUUGCUGAAAAGGUUUUCGGUGAUGCAGCUGAGGAGUAUUCUAAACUUUCCUUCGUUAUUGAAAGGUUUGAGAGAUGGAAGAAAGAUUAUGCUUCAAGCUACCGUGAUGCUUAUAUGUCACUAAGUGUUCCUGCUAUUUUCUCCCCCUAUGUAAGGGUGGAGCUUCUGAAGUGGGAUCCACUUCAUGAAGAUUCAGAUUUCAUUGAUAUGAAAUGGCACUCCUUGUUAUUCAAUUAUGGUCUUCCAGAAGAUGAAAGUAAAAUCAGUCCAGUUGUUGAUGCUGAUGCUGAUGCUGAUGCAAACCUUAUUCCCGAAUUGGUUGGAAAACUUGCCAUUCCUAUUUUACACCAUCAACUAGCUUUCUGUUGGGAUAUUCUUAGUACCCGUGAAACGAAGUAUGCUGUUUCUGCAAUGAACUUGGUCUUCAGAUAUGUUGAUCUUUCCAGUUCGGAUCUUGGGAAGUUGGUAGCCGUGCUUCGUGAUCGUCUGACUGAUGCUGUGGCUAACUUGAUGGUCCCAACGUGGAGCCCACUUGAAAUGAAGGCUGUGCCCAAUGCAGCACGAGUCGCAGCAUAUAGGUUUGGCACAUCUGUUCGUUUGCUAAAGAACAUAUGCCUAUGGAAUAAAAUUCUUGCAACGCCUGUCCUCGAAAAACUUGCUCUAGAUGAUCUUUUGAGUGGCAAGCUGCUUCCUCAUCUUCGCAGCAUUCAAUCUGAUCUUCAUGAUGCAAUUACAAGAACUGAGAGAAUUGUUGUUUCAUUACAAGGGGUCUGGGCUGGUCCAAGUGUUGCAGGGGAUCGAAGCCCAAAAUUGCAGUCCUUGGUGGAUUACUUGAUGUUAAUUGGAAAGUCGCUGGAGAAGAAGCUUGCGUCUGGUAGCAUGGAGACAGAAAUUAGUAAACUUGUUAGACGGGUGAAGAAGAUGCUGGUCGAGCUGAACGAGUAUGAUUAUGCAAGAGUAUUAUCGAGAACCUUUAAUCUUAAGGAGGCACUCUGA